AUGCCGUCUCAACAAUUACCAAACACGAUCGAAGAUCUGCUUAACUCGUUUUCUCACACUGAUGCAACUUCAGACCAAGUUACAAAACAGUUACUUCCCAUUCUUCGACAACUACCAAGUACUUUUUUCACGCAAUGGAUUGGCGAUCAUAGAGACCCUCUAGAUUCAUUGAAUGUUACUCGUAAUAGCUUGGUUUAUGCAUAUAUUCUGGACGCGAGAUGUCGUGUUGAUAGACCUGAAGUCCCUCGCUUGUUGAGCCGCAUCUUUGAAUUUCUGGACAAAUUUGACCAACAACAAAUGCAGCAUGCACCUGAAAAGUUACUAGCAAUUGCGCAAGAUCUUAGCAAGUUGGCUACCCAGUUCGGAAAUAAUAUAAUCACUUUCAAACCAUUAGCAAAUACGAUCAUAAAAUUUGCUCCUUCUCGAAACCACCUGACUAAUUUACAUCAAUUCUUUUUAAAAGAAUGCCUCUUAUCGAAAUUUUAUACUCAAGCAUUGCCAAUACUGGAACAGGAUAUAACAGAAAUUGAACAUCAAUUGAUGGGUAUCAAUUAUCUGGAUCAUCUUUUAUAUCAUUAUUAUGGUGGAAUGGUGUAUAUUGGUUUGAAAAAUUAUGAUCGCGCUUUAUAUUUCUUUCGACUGGUUAUAUCAGCACCUGCUGUUGUGACGAGUGCCGUUCAGCUAGAAGCUUAUAAAAAAUAUGUGUUAGUCUCUUUGUAUUUGUAUGGAAAGAUUAUACCUUUACCAAAAUACACUUCUGGGGUAGUAAUACGCGCAGUGAAGAAUUAUUGUCAGCCUUACCAAGAUUUCGCGGCUGCCUUUGAAAGUUUAAACGUGAAACGUGUACGUAAUGAAUUACAGAAAUGUACUGAUAUUUUCAAAAAGGAUAAGAAUCUUGGACUUGCCAGACAAUCCCUGGAAGCAAUCUUUCGCCAAAAAAUUCAACAACUCACUCAGACUUACUUGACAUUAUCAUUGGCGGAUAUUGCAGAUGCUGUCGGAUUGGAAGGACCAAAUGCAUCUUCAAUUGCUGAAGACUACAUUUUACGGAUGAUUGAAACUCGUGAAAUAUUUGCCACAAUUAGCCAUUCACAUCAAAAUGGCAUGGUUUCUUUCCAAGAUAACCCUGACCGUUAUAACACUUCUCUCACAAUCACUAAAAUCGAGGAACAUAUUGCACAAGCAGCUUCUGUAAAUCAACGUGUGAUAAAGACUGAUCAUUUGGUUGCUUGCAGUAAGGAAUACCUAUCAAAGCAACAUUUGGCCCUAAGUGGUGGUAUGCCGGGCGGAUUGGGUUUAGCUGAUGAGGCCGACUUCUUAGGCUCGGGUAAUUACGAACCAUUCAUCGACGAAGGUCGAUUUUUCGGAUAA